AUGCAGUCCCGAUGCCCGGGAAAGCAGCUUGUUCCUUUCACGGAUGACGAAUGGCUCGGCCCUGACUGGGAAAGCGAAGACUGUCUGACGAUCAAUGUGUAUCGACCCAAGGGGCACACGGCCGCUGCCAAAAAGCUGCCCGUUGCUGUGAUGAUUCCUGGCGGGGCCUUCAACCGUGGUGCUGCACGGAUGCAUAAUACCCCGUCUAUGCUGGCGUGGUCUGAGGAACCCUGGAUCGGCGUGUCGAUGCAAUAUCGAAUUGGCGUUGCCGGUGGGAUGAACAGUGCACUGACGAAGAAAGAGGGUCUGCUUAACCUCGGACUGAAAGACAUGUAUGUGGCUUUGGAAUGGGUUCAAAAGAAUAUCGCGGCUUUUGGUGGUGAUCCUGAUGAUAUCGGGCAUCUCAUCAUGGAUGUCAACCAGAAGAAGACUCUCUUCCAUAAAGCCAUCAUGGACUCGGGAGGCCACACUGCUCGAGUUGUGCAUCCGCCUGAGUCUAAGCUGAAUGAAGCUCAUUUCGAAGAGUUCCUUGAACUCACCGGCUGCGGUAACAGACCUGAGCACGAGAUACUCCCCUGUCUUCGAGCACUGCCAUCCUCCACAAUCAUCGAGUCUGGCCAGAAGAUAUACGAGCAAUCCAACCCUUCUGUGCGAUGGGCUUGGCAACCGGUGCUAGACGGAGACAUCAUUUCAAGGCGACCAAUCGACGCGUGGAAGUCAGGAAAAUGGAACAAAGUCCCAAUCUUCACAGGGUCUGCCCAUAACGAAGGAGCAAUGUACGUUCCCAAGAUGGCAUCAACCUCUGAAGACUUUGACAAUUUCUUCCGCACACUCUUGCCCCAACUUUCGGACAAGGAUAUAGCAGAUUUGAACGAACUCUACUCAGAUCCUUCGAAGAAUCCUGACUCGGAAUACGUUGAGACUCGACCUCUUGAUAUUGGAUCACAGUACAAGCGCGCCGAAGCUGCGUACGGUCACUAUGCGUACACAUGCCCCGUUCGUCAGACUGCGAUCUGGGGAAGCAAGUCAUCAAGUGACCCUCCCGUGUACCUCUACCACUGGGCCUUGAAUAAGACGGCACUAUUCGGCGCCAAUCACGGCGACCAGAUGCGUUAUCAGACUUACAAUGCCGAGGUCAGGUCCAUUUCACCAAAGCAAGAUGAGAUUGCCGGCUUCAUGCACGCGUACGCAACAUCCUUCAUUGUUCAUGGCGACCCGAACAGGAUCAAGGGCAGGUUUGAUGGUCGCCCUAAUUGGCUACCCUUUCCAGGCCAGGAAGGCAGAAAGGUAGGGAAGACAAUGAUCUUCGGUGAGGGCAACGACGAGCGUGCUGGUGGAUCUGGUCUGGGGACUUCGGCUGAGUUUUUGGACUACAAGUGGGCGGAGAAAGAGUGCAACUUUUGGUGGAAGCAGACGGAAAACUUCGAAGACUAA